UAAAUUUUCUGUUUUAUGAUUAUCGGCCAGAGCAGGGGUACUAUAAGUUUAUUUACUUCAUUAGAUUUAUUUAUUUCAUUAGUCUGUUAAAUUUAUGCAUUAGAUGCUAUAUAUAUCGCGAAUGCUAUACAUAAGGUUUGCUCUGCUUCGUUUAAUUCUCGUUGUUAUAAUCCUAUUUUCCCCUCUAAUGGAGUAUAUAAUGACAUUUAUAUUUAUAUGUGCAUAAAGUGUUUUGUCAAACUUUAUAAUGAUUAUUAACCAUAUAUACACAAAUGCAAUAUCAAAAACAUUUUAUUAUCAUACCUGACUAAAGAAAACUGCUAAUCUUUAUUUAUUAGUUUUCAAAUGUUGAAUGUUACUUUUGAUGAUAUUAUUCAUUUCAUCAGCAUAAUUAGAAUAUACUGCCACAGCUUUCUUAAGCAUUUCAGAAGAUUUCUGUGUAUUUUAUGUUUGAUAAACAACAACAAUGCAGCUAAAGAAAAGUCCCACGAUAAAACCGACUAUGAUGUCAUCAGAGAGAAUCACAAGUUUCUCUGGGAUCGAGAGAAGGAUACUCCGGAUACAUGGGGAGCAAAAUUGGCUAAGAAGUAUUAUGACAAGCUGUUUAAGGAAUAUUGCAUAUGCGAUCUUACAUAUUACAAACAUAAUAAGGUUGCUUUGAGAUGGAGAACCGAGAAAGAAGUGAUAGCUGGAAAGGGACAAUUUGAAUGCGGCAGUAAAACGUGCAAAGAGAAAGACAAUCUACGCUCCUGGGAGAUUAAUUUCGGCUACGAAGAACAUGGCGAAAAGAAGAAUGCCUUGGUCAAAUUAAGGCUCUGUCCAGAAUGCUCGGUAAAACUUAACUAUCGCUCGCAAAAGCGCGAAGUGAAAAGAAGAAAAUCUCUGAAGCGUUUGGGCGUUGAUCACAAGCACAAUGAAGACGCUUCUACCACGUCCAGCAAUUCAGAGUCGAACAGAACGGAAGCAGAUUCCAAUCCAAUCGAGGUACAGGCCGAUACCGAGAAUGCUGAUGCUGAUAGCUCCAACAUCUGGAAGGAAACGCAAACGGAAGACGUAGAAAAGAUGAGAGAGAAAGAAUUUGAGGAGUACUUGGCGGAUUUGUUAAUGUGAAUACGAUCGAGAUAAAUAAAUGAGGUUGCAUAUUUCGAUAACAAAUGAUGAACUGUUAUAUAAAAUUUACGUAACGUUCUAUUAUAUAAAUAAAUAAUAGGAGAUAUAAAA